GCAUUGGCUGAUGUGUCGCGUUGAGUGACACCUUCUUAUUCAUAUUUCACUGGUGCACACGAUAUAAAAGUGCACCAUAAACCGCGGCUCGUCCGGCACGUACAUCAUUCAGAGAGCUCGUCGGACGAAGAGAAAGAAGAUGCUUUCAUCUCGUAUUGCACUCCGAGGAUUUCGACUGCUUGCCUGGAGAGGCCUGUCGUCAUCAGCCCAUACACACGCAACACAGGAGAAAGGUGUUGCUACCCCUGUACUCGACUGCUCACAGCCCCAGUACAUCGAUCGUCCAGAUAUUCCACUGCCUGACAUCACAUGCAUCACAAAAUACAAUUUGGAGCAACUAAAACUGAAGGAGAAAGAGAGUGGCCCAUGGAGCCAGCUGACUAAAGAUGAGAAGCUUGCAUUGUAUCGGCUGAACUUCCAGAAAACCUAUGCAGAGAUGAGACAGAGAUCCAAUGAAUGGAAAACUGUGCUGGGAGUGGUCCUCUGGUUCGCUGGGCUUACUGGAUUGUUUUAUUGGUGGGGCCUUGCCUAUGUGUAUAAGCCAGUGCCACACACCUUCUCUGAGGACUGGGUGGCUAUGCAGACACAAAGGAUGCUUGACUUGCGCAUAAAUCCCGUCUCUGGCUUCUCAUCCCACUGGGACUAUGAGAAGAAGCAGUGGAAAAAGUGAAAUCUGUAUGCUACUAAUCAAUCAACUGAUUCAUCAUAACUCUUUUGUGAAUGCUUACCUAAUUAUAACCAAUAAAUCAUUCAGGCCUCGGCAGCACUAGUGAAUCUGUUACGUUUGUUAAUGACAUAAUCAUGGAGUAAUUAGACUUCAUGCAGCAUUACAUUAGAAAGUCCUGUACAUAAAAUGCAUUAGCUAAUAAGGGGACGUGCACUGGUUUUAUUCUGACUUUAGGGGAGGUGUGUUUCUGAAGUGCACAAAGAAAUGCAUGACAGAAAAUUAAGCAAAUUGUUUUCAUACAUUGUAAUUAAAGCUUA